AAAUGUGCUCCUGAAUUCUCUGAUUCAAUCUUUCAUUUCUUCAUUGAAGCCAUUCCCUGGCAGUGGCGCUUAAACUAGGUGGAUCCGGAAAACAACUCUAGUUUCUAAAUUGAUCACAAAGAAAAGAAAAUGGAAAGAAUCUGCGAAUACUGUUGUGAAUCAAAACCAGUUGUAUAUUGUCAGGAAGAUUCAGCCCGUCUUUGUCUUUGUUGUGAUUCAAAAGUUCAUUCAGCAAAUUCUCUUUCGAGUGCACAUUACCGGGCACUUUUAUGUGAAGCUUGUGGAAAAGCACCAGCAUCUGUUAAUUGCUUAGAUCAUCCACUUUUUAUGUGUGCGAAUUGUGACAUUAACUUGCAUGUUGAUGAAGAGAAAACAAUACAGCAUCAAAAACGUGUAAUGACUAAUUACUAUGGUUGUCCUUCUGCUAAGGAUUUUGCUGAACUAUGGGGAUAUGAUUUCAAUCAACUUCAUAACAAUGACAAUUUUCAUAUUUCUUCUCCUCAAGGAUUGGCUUUGGGUGGUAGUAAUACUUCCACUGCGUAUGGUAGUAGCUCGAUACCGCCACCGGUUUGUGGCUCCAAGUUUAACUUGGGUUCGACUAAUUUGAACUGCAAGGUGUUCAGUAACAACCGAUUGCUGCAAGACACUCGCUUUGUUCUGCAACAGAUUCUGAACCUAGAUAAGCUUCAAUAUGCUGAAAGGAACAAUGUGAGGACUGAUUUAUACACUGUUGGAAAUAAUACUCAGGGGCAUCCUUGUAAUGAUCUUGUCCAUAAUCGGCCGUAUCUUCAAGGCUUGGGCAUCGAUCUCCAACAAGAUUCUGGAAGUAUGAACCAUCAGGAAAUGCACGGACCUUUUACCUUCCCUUUCUCUCAACUGGAGCACCUAACUAGUACUUCUAGUGUUGGAAUAGCAUUCCAAGGGGAUCCUUCUAGCCAGCUGUGGUCACACAAUAUGCAAGACCUUGGAAUAUGUGAAGAAAUCGACUGCCAUGAAUUCCAUGACGACCUUGGCAUACCUGAUGUUGAUCUGACAUUCCAAAACUAUGAAGACCUAUUUGGUGAGGAGCAUCAAACUAGAGACAAUUUGGCUGUGGAGAUUUCUCCAACACAGCCAACAUAAAUGUAUUUGCUCUUGACAUAUUAGAUAUUGGCUUUCCAUGAGGGCGCAGGCAAGAAAUCGCAGCAGCAUCGUCUUUGAUAACAGCACUCGCCAGAUAUUGAGAGCUUCUAACAAAUUUGAUCUUCACUGUAUCACAAGUUUGUUCAACUAUGG